CCCGAGAUUUUCUCCAAUCGCCCGGGUUGCAGGUCCACCUGGAAAGACAUUAAACAACCUCUAGAAGUGAUAAUCCAUGGUCUUCACAUCCGCCUAGCAGCCAUUCGCUGUCCUCGUGCCGAAGCCUUCUCCGACGGAAAAGUACGGUAGCAUACUUCGCCGUCGUUUUCUCGGGUGCCCAGGAUGGGCAUCUCAGGACUUCUCCCGCUCCUCAAAUCCAUCCAUCGUCCCACCGAGCUCAAGAAGUACGCCGGUGAAACUUUGGGCGUUGACGGCUAUGGCUGGCUCCACCGCGGCGCUGUGGCCUGCGCCAUUGAGCUUGCCCAGGGCAAGCCAACUCGCAAAUAUGUGGACUUCGCUAUGCAUCGUGUCAGAAUGUUCAAGUAUUUUGGCGUCACCCCGUAUGUAGUUUUUGACGGCGACUUCCUCCCCAGCAAGGCCAAAACAGAGGCUGCCCGAUCCAAGCGCCGAGAAGAGAGCAAGAGGAUCGGUCUCGAGCUUCUCAGGGCUGGCAAGCCCUCACAGGCUUAUUCUGAGCUUCAGAAGGCCAUCGACGUCACCCCGGAAAUGGCACGCCACCUGAUUGAGGAGCUCAAGAAGGCUGACGUUCCGUAUGUGGUCGCCCCAUACGAAGCGGAUGCUCAGCUUGUCUACCUCGAACGCCAAGGCCUAAUCAGCGGCAUCGUUUCCGAAGAUUCCGACUUGCUGGUGUUUGGUGCCAAGCGCCUCUUGACGAAAUUGGACCAGCACGGGCAGUGCGUUGAGAUCAACCGGAGAGACUUCUGUGCUGUCCGCGAGAUCUCCCUUACCGGUUGGACAGACCGCGAGUUUCGGCAUAUGGCCAUCCUCAGCGGCUGUGACUACCUGGACGGCGUCAGCAACAUCGGUUUGAAGACGGCAUAUCGUCUGGUUCGGAAGCACAAAACCCCGGAACGCAUCAUAAAAAUGCUGCGCUUCGAUGGAAAACACCAGAUCCCCGACUCCUACCUCGAAGAUUUCAAGCAAGCCGAGCUCACAUUUCUCCACCAACGGGUAUUCUGUCCCAAGAAACAAGACAUUGUUUUCUUGACCGAGUUGGACCCUUCAUCCAACCCAGACGAGAUGCGCUUCAUUGGUGCACCAGUCGAGACGGAGCUUGCUAGGUCCAUUGCCAUUGGCGAUGUUAACCCCAUUACCAAAGAGCGCAUCGUUGUUCCGCGCUCGCCUGGUAAACGGAGGAUCAGCCAAGCUCUCGCCCCAGCCAGUGGACCGCCGAGAACUCUUGGGAAGCCGAUCAGCGAAUACUUCAAAGACAGGAGUGACCGCCGGAUUCCUCUCGGUGAAAUGGAUCCCAAUUGCUUCGCCGUUGAUCCCAACCACAACAGCAGUACAACCGCGGAGGAAAGGCCUCGCCCGAUCGUGUUCCCGCUCCCUAGACCGUACGUUGAGGGGGCAGAGGAAGCCUUGGAGAGCACACCUCGGCCGUACACUAGCAAUGCUCGGCCUCUUCGUCGCAAGACUGAACCCAUCUCGAAGCUCCUCGGCCUGGACGUGUUCGAGUCUUCGGAAAAUCGCCGUCGAACGACCGGCCCGGUCAUUCAAGUCUACCAGGACCCAACCGCUUCGAGUCGGCCGCCAAAGAAAGCCCGUCUAUGUGACGAACAGACGUUCGAUGAAAGCGCCGAUGGGACCCCGGAGAAGAGCAAAUUCUUCUCCUCAACGAAGCCGAACAAAUCGGCCAAGAAGAAGGCGGACAAAUUGCUGAUGUCGGACGACUCAAUCGAGGAGGCCUUCCGAAGUCUUCCGGAUCAUUCUUGGCGGUCUGAGAAGCCGCCCAAACCCACCGACGACAUUGUUAUAUUCCACGAGCCCUCCCCCAAGAAGCAGACGGACGAGGUUCCCGCCGCUGAAUCGCCAAUCGAGGGCUGCGAGGAUCAUGCCGAGCAUGAAGUCGAAGUACCCGCUUCCUCUCCCACUCAACAAGGACCGGCGAAGGAGUGUAACGAUGACAGCCGCUCGGCAUCAAUGACGCCUCUGGGGGAGCUUCUCAAAGAAUUUUCGUAUGGCACAGGACACGCGCGCACCCGGGUCAUUCACGGGCUUCCUACGCCGGCGUCCAGCAUACAACAGACAGCGACUCCGAAGUGUACCGGCCCGAGGAACACGCAAACCCCCAUGCCGACCCCCUUGCAGCGUAUCGGGGCCAGGGCGUUGCAGCGCGACAGAUUCCAGUCGACGCCCCCAACCCCGGGGAUUGUUUCGUCCGGCGACAGGUCGAACAAAUUCGACUCGUUGCCUGUAAACCCAGCAUUCGUCCCGUUGCCGAGAGUCGAUGUUGAGGAGGUGGAGGCGCUAAACAAGCCCUUGGGCAGCGAGGACCAAAUCAUCCCUGAUAGUGACGGCGAGGAUGAUGAUGAUGUGGGGGAUGAACCAAUGUCCUCGAGCGCUGUCAGACGGCUAAACUUGACGAAGUUUUUAUAUUCUUGAUCCCUCUGUUAUCUUGCUGGGGU